UUGAGUUUGACUUUUUGUAAUUUGUACGUCUGUACGACUACAAGUAUAUAUAUUUUUGCGUUUGGUUGAUUUGGUUUUGGAUUUUUAUCUAUUCAAUUGUAAUGUUUCUGUACUAUUCCAACGCAUUGACAAAGUAAUAUCCCUUCGUAACCUAAUUAUAUUGAUAUGCAAUAAAGACGGCAUAUGUGAAUUCUCAAUUAUGGACAAACAUUCAGAGAAGAGGCAAGACCAAGGUCCUAAGAAAAGCCCAUUUGAUGACCUAAGCAGAGAGGAACUUGUAUCAAAAUGUAGAGGCCUUCUUGUCAUCGCCCAGAAGGCUAAACAGGCUAAAACAGAACUACACAUUGAGGUUGAUAAAUAUAAAACACAGCUACAAGAAUAUGAAGCUGAAAAAAAGAAUAAAUUGGACAAUGUUCAAAUGUUACAAGAACUUGUUGAUUCUUUGACAGAACAAAAACUGGCUUUUAUAACUGAAAUUGACACAGUGCAAAGUAAAGUCAGAGCUCUUACUAACAAGUGCAAUAACUAUGAAGAAGAAAUUAAUAAAAUGAAGGCUGAUUUGAUUUUGAAAGAUCAAAACCUUGCAACUGCAUCAUUAAAGUUAUCAGACCUUGAUAGCGAAGUAAUAUCCCUUAAGAGGCAAAACAACAGACUUCUGGAGGAAAAUGAACAACUUAUAACACAACUGACAGAGCUUGAAACUAGAACUGAAGAAUUCAAUAAAAUUGGUUUACAACAAAGAGAACAAUUAAAAGUUCUGGAAGAAAAAGUUCAUCAAGAUGAAUCUUAUCAAGUAAAAUUAGAAGAGCUCAACAAAAAAAUUAAAGAAUUAGAAACGUGCGCAAAAAAAUCUAGCCAUGAACACAAAGCUGAAUUUAAAGAAAAUGAAAUAAAGGAGCUUACAAAGCUGUAUGAUGCUGAAAAAUCCAAGUUAGACAAAGCUAACAUUAAAUUAAGAAGCUACAAAGAUAAAAUACUUAAGUGUGCAAAUUGUAUAAACCAAUUGAAGAAUUCAAGGUUCAUUUUGACAAAAACUGUAAAAGAGUAUUCAGAAAAUAUUCCUAAGUGGCAAAAUGAAAUUAUUAAUGCAUCUAAAGAAUUUGAUAUACAGAUGCAAAAGUUGAACAAUGAAAAUAUUUCUUUAAGAGAAAUGUUGGAUAAUAAAGAAAAAGAAUUUAAUAAAAUUUCUUCAGCACAAGAGAACACUGAUAAAUUAACCAACAAAAUGAAUGAAGUUCAAGGUGCAAAUGAAGAAUUGCAGUCCAAAGUGUCUGAACUAAAACAAAAGCUUGAUGAUGCUUAUUUAUAUGUUGAUAAACUAAAAAAUGAAAUAACAGUUUUAAAAUCUAAAGAAAUAGAUAUAAACAAACUGAAUGACCUAAUUCCAGAAAAUAUUUCACUAAAGGAACAAUUGAACCAUUCUGUAUCACAAUUAUCUACACUUAAUGCAAAGUUAAAUGAACUGGAAACAACAGUACACAAUUUACUAGAAAAAAAUGCAGAUCUCGAUAAGCAAUUAAAUUUUAAACGCGAUACUGAUGAUGUAAAAGAAAAGAUGUUUUACCAAAUUAAAGCGUUAGAAUCAGAAAAGUCUACCUUGGUAAAAGAAAAAUUAAAUGCUAAAGAGGCUAUAAUAGAAUUAGAAAAUCAAAAUAAAAUUUUAAAUGAUCAAUUCAAUAAACUCAAAUUAGAAAAGCUAACCUUAAAGGAACAAUUUGAAUCCAUGUCUCUGGAAAAUACAAAAAUCAAAAAUGAUUAUAAAUUAGACAAAGACCAUUGCAUAAAAGAUUUAAAAAUGGAAACAAAUACCUUGAAAGAACAAUAUGAUAACAUUAAAAAGGAAUAUGACAACUUAAUGGAUUUAAAUGGCUUACUACAAGAAGAAGUAGAAACCCUCAAACUAUCUUUAGAGCAACCAAAGGAUGACUCUGAACAUUUCACAGAUUUAAAUGUAUCUUUGCAGGCAGAUAUUGUGAAAUUAGAAACGAAAUUGUCUGCAUAUAAACAAGAAAAUGCUUCACUUUUAUUAGAAGUUAAAGAAUCUCGUAAUAAAGUAAAAGAAUUUGAUAAUCUUGCUUCUGAAUACGAAGAUGCAAAAUCAAAACUGGUAAGUUAUAAAACUGAAAAUGCAGAGUUGCUUAAUGAAAUGAAAGAGAUUAAUCAAGUUUUAAAAGAACGAGGUGAAUCUAUAUCUAAGCUUCAAAAGGCUGUGUCUGAAAUGGAAAGGCUUAUUGAAACUUUAGAGAAAGAUAGAGACGAUGUUAAAUUAGAAAAAGAUAAUCUUAUUGAAAAAGUGGCGACUUUAGAAAAUGAUCUCAAGAAUGCUAAACAAAAUAACUCUAAACAUAGUCAAACCAUGGAAAACAUAGUCUUAGAAAGAGAUAAUGUGCUAAAAUCUCUACAGGAGAAGGAAUUGAUAAUUUGUGGACUAAAAGAGGAUUUGGAUAGAAUGAAACAACAAACUUGCACUUCCACUGACCUGCCUAAUGAAGACAUGUCCACUUCAACAAUUUCUAGAGCAGAAGAAAAUGCACGAAUGAAGGAUUUAGAUGAAACCUUUGAAGAAAAAUAUACUAAAUUGAGAAUGUUUGCUUUGAAACUUAAAAAAAAGUUAAAUGAAACAACAGCUCUAUUGCAAAUGUCAGAACAGGAAAAAUCAAAACUAAAAAAGAUGUUGGUUGAUAAUACCUCUGAAGAUAAACAAAACCUUUUGAUAAAUCAAGAUGUGGUAGACGGCCCUAAAAAUGUUGAAUGUAAAGUACAGAGUUCUGAUUAUACCUUAGACUUGGAGAAUAAAUUAAAAAAAAUAACUGCAGAUCUUGAAGUGGCUACUGUAAAAAUACAGUCUUUAGAAACUGAUAUACUGAUGAAGAAGCAACAGUUAGCUGCUGAAAUAGAGGCACAUAAAAUUACAAAAGAACAAUUAGAAAAAGCAAUGAGAGAUGUUAAGAAAAAGAAUGUUUUAAGUUUAGAAAUGGAAGAUUACGAAAGGUCGAUGAAAGACCUUACAACUAAAAUGGAAGAUAACAAGAAAAAGAUCGUACAGAUGGAAUCAACUAUUGAUGCACAAGAAGGGACAAUAACAGCUAUGAAAACUCAAAUAAAACUACUAGAAGAACAAAUAAAAACCGAAGAAACUCAAAACAGACAUCUUAAAGAAGAAUUACAGCAAGUAAUAGAGGAUAGUAAAGAAAAAGAUAAUAUAAUAAAUUCAAAAAAAGAUAUCAUUACAAAACUAAUGCAAGAACUUGAAGAUGAAAAGAGGAAAAAUGAAGAAGCUGAAGUAGAAAUGACAGCAGUUCUCAGUGAAAAGGAAAAAAUUAUAAUGAGUUUUGGUGAUGAGAGAACAGAAUUGAAUAGUAGGAUGAAGAAAUUAGAGUUCAAAUAUGCUGACUUAAAUGAAAAGUUACAUAUAACUAAUAUUGAAUUAGCAGACUUAAAAACAGAGUACACUAGUUAUAAAGUAAGGGCUCAAGCAGUAUUACGUCAAAAUCAGACAAUCGACCACAGUCAAGAGGAACAGUUAAAAGAGGAGACUGCUGCUCUUAAGGCUCAAGUUGAUACAUUGACUCAAAACCUUUCAACAAUGCAAGAGCAAAAUGCAGAGUUAAUUGCAGAAGUAGAAGCUGGGAGAAAACGACUAUCUGACGCCAGCGCAGAAUCUGCGCGAGCUCACCAGAGGACCGCGCGCUUACAGACCGACUUAACGCGACUGUCGCAGCAACUGGAGUCUGAAAGAUCUCAACAUAAACUACAGGUAUCUACAUUAACACAAUGCUACAAAUCGCAAAUAAGCGAGCUGGAAGCCAAAUUGCAAAAGGAUACGGAUAAUAUGAAAAAGCAGAUUGCACUAUUACAAGAGAAUGCAAAGGCUGGCAACUCUAACAUUGAGUCCAGCCGUGAAAAAUACAUGCUUCCAGUCAUACCGAGAGAGGAUGGAAGCGAUGGAGAAAUGGAUAUCAACGUGACUCUCAUACCCAGGGAGGAGGGAGAGGGUUCCGAAUCGGCUCCUUCGCCACCGUUAGCGAAAUCCUUAUUAACAAGUGGCGGUAGAAGAUCCCCCGUGCCGCUGGAGAGACUUCUAGAAGAAGGGGUUCCAGAUAACGACACAUUUGACACGUCGUCACUCGGUCUCACUCCCGAACAAGAGAUUGCAGACUUGAGAAGAAAAAUUCAAGCUCAACAACAGAGAGUGAAGCACGUGACAGUGCUGCUGGCGGAGUCGGAGCGUGAGGGCGCGCGGCUGGCGCAGCUGAGUGAGCUGCUGAAGGCGGAGCUUCGCCGCGUGCGUGCCUCCGCCACCAAUGCGCACAACACCGAGUACAUGAAGAACGUCACGCUCAAGUUCCUGACGUUGCCGCCCGGAGACGAGCGCAGUCGACUGGUGCCGGUGUUGCAGAAAAUUCUGACACUGUCAUCUGACGAAACACACAAAAUACAGGCCCUCGCUAAAGGGCAAGAUCCGAAUCCCAAAGGUUGGGGAAGCUACCUCCCGUGGCCAGGCGGAAAGUAAAAGUCCAAUUUGCAACGAUUAUGUCAAAACAUAAAUAUCUUAAAAAUCUGUGAUCCAAAUUAAUUAGUCGCGUUAUUGUAAUGGCCGUAACCACAAUAAUUUGGUGUUUUUAUGAGGUGGUAUGUAAUAAAACUCUUGAUGAAAAAUAAUUAAACUUCAUUAUUUUAUUAGGCAAUUAAUUAAUGUAUUUAUUUAACGUAACAAUAAUAAUUAUGUAGGUAAACGCAAAAACAAGUUACUUAACAUUCGUGUUCUUUGAAAUAAUAAGCAAUAACUCGUUUGUCACCACAGGUGAUUUGAAAACAAGUAUAAAGUAUAUUAAAUGUAGGUAAUUGUAAAAUAUUUUUGGUUUAAUGAGUAAACUACAUUUUAUUUUUGAAUUUCUAAAUAUAUUAUAUAUGUAUCAUUCAGGGUAAUUAUUUCAAGAAAAUGAGUUUAAUAACGCCAUUUUAACAUUAACUGAUAUUCAUUAAUGAAGAAUAUAUGAAUAAUGUAAAUACAUAAUAUAAUAUAUUAAGUAUGUACAUAUAUCGACAAGUCACACGAUAUCGUAGUACAGUGUUAUAAAAAAUGGUCAUAUUCACGGCUUUUGGGCCUAUUAUAGUUCUGUGCCCAGGUUCUAGGCUGUAAUAUAAUCAAAUUGUAUUGAGGAAAAUAGACAUUCCAUCGCAUUUUCACAUUUUAUACUUUAAAGUUUGUAAAAUAUAUAUCAUAUGUAUUUACCUAUCUAUCAUAAUUUAUAAUAAAAUACAAUGCCUGACAGAAAAAGUAAAAAAAAAUGUUACCGACAUUUAAUAAUUGCCAUUAUAGUAGUUUAAAACUAAACAUGUAAAUAAUAUAUUAUAAAAUAAUGUUAUGGGGUUUUUAGUAAUACCUACUCACAAUAUUUACCACCCAAAAAUGAGAUUUUGAUUUAUUAUGAAACUAAAAAUAAAUAAUUAUGAAUCCUAAAUAUAUUGAGAGUUUCGCAAAAAAGAUACACAGCAAGUUUAUUGGUAUAGACAAUUUUAUUUUAUAUUUAUCUACUUUAAAUCUAAAUGUACCUACACAUUCUAAAGAAAUGUCGAGCUCGAAACGUUUGUUUCGUUUUAUAAACGUUGAUUAUUAUAUAUUUUUUUUUGUAAUCUAGGAUAAUUAUGUAAUUAUUUUAACGUAACUUAAUAUGAACGUUUCUGGCCCGAGAAAUUACAAAGUAGUUAUAAGAAUAUUUAAUCAAUCGAAAUAUAGAUACAUAAAAUGAUUAUAAAUAUA